UGGGCGGGACUUUAAAGUUGACAACAAGCUUGAAGUGUUGUUUGAGUCAAACAGAGUCAAAUCAGAAAGACGGUUAGCUAGCUUGCUAAAGUCGUAGAAGAACGUGAGCUGGCAGAGAAGAGAACGAAUUAUUUAGAGCAACCGAAGUUACUAAGGGAUAUAUUAUAAAGAAUUGCAGAAAAGGAUUUUCACACAGAUGUUUUCAUGAUAUCACUCUCCCUUCUUGAAGAGUGAUAGUGUGCAAUGACCGCCUCACAGAGACACCUGGAGUCCAAGCUGGCUGCUGGGUUUCCCGACGUAGAGUGGCAGACGCCAGCUGUGUCGGAGAAGUUCCAGAGCCGCUUUGGACGCCGGCCCGAGACAGCGGUCAGCGGGGACACAGAUCUAGGCAACGACCCGCCCGACAGCACCGAAGACAGUUCCGGCAGCAGCCCCUCGUUCCAGCCCAUCCGCAGUCAAAUUCCCAUCCCCACCGCCCAUGUCAUGCCGUCCACGGCCGGAGCCCCGGCCUCCAAGCCCCGCCCCCGAGACGAGUCCCUGUCUUCUGCCGAACCCCAGACGCUUUCAUCGGGCUCCCGAACGUCCAGCGGGACCUCCAGCCUCAAGUCGACCUCCCUCUCCAAAUCGGCCUCCUCGCCCAACCUGGACAUGGCCCAAAGCGGCCCGGGGGAAGCCGAGCACUCUGCGCCCAAGCCCGACUGCCUAAACCGCUACCGCAGCCUUGUGAACGGACUGGACCACUCGCUGUUCCCCCCGGGGGACCGGUCUCGCCUGGACGAAGGCCAGAGGUUCGACGUCCCCGCUAUGGAGCCCACCAUGAACCAGACUGCUCUCCUGGGUGGCUACUGUCCUGACGUCCGGCUGCGGCUCCAGAUGACCGGCCUUGGGGAGACUCCGGAGGGCAGCAGGGAGGCCUAUGCGGCGGCCAUGGAGCACUCGUACAAAGCUCUCCCCGAGGCCAGGCCGGGGGAGGCCGGCAGCCAGAGGAGUGGCUACCCCAGCUCCCUGUCCCUGCAGACCCAGGCCCUGCUGAGGGAAGCCAAGGCCUAUGAGCACCUCCCGCAGGACAGGUGCAGCGAGCCACACGGCUGGCAACAGCAGCUGCAGCACAAGCAACAGCUGGAGAGCCUCCGCAUGCAGGUGGAGCAGAUGCAGAUGAUGACUGCCGGUGUGGGCCAGUACCCCUCUGUCUACUCCACUAACAUGAGCUCCAUGCUACCGGAGACCAGUAAAUGGGACGCCGUGGUGAAAGCCAACGAGAGCAUUCUAAAGGAGAAGGAGCUUGUCAUCGAGAGACAGAAGCAGCAGAUGUCUCAGCUGGAGCAGCGGCUGCGGGAGAGCGAGCUGCAGGUCCACGGUGCCCUGUUCGGCCGCGCCGCUCCGUACGGCGACGUGUGCCUGCUCCGGCUGCAGGAGGCUCAGAGGGAGAACACCUUCCUGCGGGCCCAGUUCGCUGAGCGCAGCGACUGCGCCGCUCAGGAGAAGGCGGAGGCGGAGCGCCGUCUGGGCGCCGUCGAAGCGGAGGUGCAGCGCCUGAACGACGCGUUGAGGGAGACCGGUGAGAGGCAUGCAGAGGAGAUGAAGAAGCAGGAGGAAAGGAUUCGCAGCCGGGACAAGCACAUCAACAGCCUGAAGAAGAAGUGCCAGAAAGAGGCGGAGCAGAACCGGGAGAAGCAGCAGCGCAUCGAGACUCUGGAGCGCUACCUGGCUGACCUGCCCACCAUGGAAGACUAUCAGAACCAGACCAAACAGCUGCUGGAGGCAGGGCAGAGGGUGUCCCAGCUGCAGGCCCGGGUCAAGGAGCUGGAGGUGUGUCUGGAGGAGGCUCGCUCACACACCCGGGAGAAAGACACCAAGCUGGAGGAGCAGAGACUCCGGGAGAGAGAGCUGCUCACCACCGUCACCAGUUUACAAGAGCGCGUUCAGGAGGGCCUAGAGGACGGAGCCAGGUUACCCUCCCUGGAUGUAGAGAAACUCAGAGCGGAGAACCACAUCCUCAGGGAGGAACAGCACCGGCUGAAAAAGGUGGUGGAGAAGCAGCUCCGGAUGAUGGAACAACUGGGAACUCAGAUCAGAUCCCUGGAGGAGCAGGUGUCUCAAGAGGAGAGCAGCUCCCAUGCUCUGAGAGAGGAGGUGUCUUCUAAAGACCUGGGGUUACUGCAGCUCCGUACAGCCAUGAAGGAGCUGUCGGCCCAGAACCAGGAGCUGAUGGAGCAGAACCUGACCCUCCAUGAGCGCUUGGACGACUCCGAGCUGAAGGACCUGGACCGGAUGCCGUCCUCGCUGCGGCCAGCCGGGGCCCGCCUCACCCAGCGCCUCCACGGGGAGAUGGCCUCCUGCCUCAGUGACCUGCGCUCCCUCUGCAAUGUCCUGACCCAGCGAGCGCAGGGCCGCGACCCCAACCUCUCCCUGCUGCUCGGCAUCGCAUCUCCUCCACCCAUGGCCGAGGAGGUGGAGGACUGGCUGAGUCCCGAGAUCCUCCAGAGGAAGCUGACCGAGGCCCAGCAGCUGCGGAGGGACGUGGAGGAGCUGCGCACCACCGUCUCGGACCGAUAUGCCCAGGACAUGGGGGAAAACUGCAUUACCCAGUAGCCCCAGCUGCUAGCUUCUCUAAAACUGACUAAAUGUGGGUCACACGCUAUAAGUCAAACAGUAACCCAAAUGGGCUACGGGAAGUAGGUGGAAGAGAUGAGGGUUGGAGAAAGCCUGCUAAAGUUUCUGCUUCUUAUACUGUACGUCUCUACAUUGACUAAGAACUGGAAUGAUAUGUUUAACUCUAGUUAGGAACGGUCUUGUAUUUCAGUCCAAGGACGAUGAGAUAAUUUUUGUCAAACCAGAAUGUUCAUGUUUUUAUAUUAAUACAGAUGUUUUACUGAGACCUUUGUGUUGUCAGAGAGGCCCUCUGCUCUUUUGUGCGACACAUGUGGAUGGUAUUGUGACACUAUUUUACUCUUAAAAUCUUUCCUGCUCUGGGGAAGAAAUGUCGGAUGUGGUUGACAAUCAACUGAAAAUAUUGAUGGUUUUGUGUGAUUAGGGAGUUACUAACUGGCCAUUAUUUAAAAUGGUACAUCGUUGUGACAUUGGACUCAGGCAUGUGGGUGGCUUUCAAGCUGUUGUAGGGACUGGACUGAAAAUGCAUUCUAUUAGCAUUACAAUGGAUGUACCGUUCGCAGACAUCAGUCCUUUCUGUACAAUUACACUACUUUCUGAAUGUUUGCAGAUGUCUCUCAGGUGGUGAGUGGGCUUUGGCGAUCAAUCGUGCCUUGCUGUGCUUUUGCUGUCAUUACCACGCAAACCAAAAUACUACCAGGCAAAUUUGCUAUUGGCUUUCUUGAUCAGAACUCAACCAAGUGUUUCAACCAAGAAAGCAGCUCUAUACAUUCCAUUGCUUCAGGUGUUGUCCGCUACAAGCAUGUAUCGAGAGUCGCAGAUAAUUAUGGGGAGUCGUCUGGAAUGAUGUCUUUUUACACACUUAAGUUUGUGUGUGCAUCUGGUUGGGUCUAGUAUGUUUGAUCUAAAAGGACAUGGGUACUGUCAUCUCCUGUGCCUGCAAUAAACUUAAACACUGGUUUCUACUAGCAAUGUGUCUCCAUGAAAUCCAGGCUGAUGCUAUUACUUUCCAGAACAUUUGUUUCGCAAAGGAAUAAUUGUUGAACUUAUUUUGUUGUUUGAAAGUAUGACACAUGAAUGAAAACACUAACUAUUGCGUGAUUGAAUCUCGUUUGUUUCAAGAACAAGAAACAUUGGUUUAAUCCAUUGAGGAAAUGAUGUCUUGUUAAACAAUGCUUCCCUUUGAUGAACACUGGGAAAGAUAAUUCAGUAUUUGACAUUAUCUAGACAGUACGAAUGGGAGUUGUCAUUAUAAGCUUCAACAGUCAGCCAAACUUGCCUUGUCACAAAUUUUUGCAAAAAAUGGAAUGUCUAUAUUGCAUAUAUUUUUCUCCAUUGUAUUAACACAUUUUAGAAAUAAAGGUUUUUUUUCUUUAAA